AUGGUGGCGGUGUGCCCUGCUUGGGUUGAGCACCGCCUUGACCUCAGGGAAGAGAUCGGUGGCGGUGACCUCUCGCGCCCAGUCUUAGUCGAGGCCAUGGUGCGGAGCGAGAGGAAGUGCGAUGCCGUCUCCUCUUUCUGUGAAGCAGUUAUGCUCGCAAAGAAGGAGGCGACCAGCGUGAGGGAGCUACCCUUCUCCUCACGCCCCAGCCGCCGCAGUAGGCGACACUUCGGGCGUCGGGCAUCGAGAGACGAUCUCCAGCCACCCACAUAUACCGAGCACAGGUAUCUUAUUUGUACGAUUGGCGAGGAAUUAAAAGUGUGCCACAAACAUAGCGUGUUUACAGACGUCCGAGUUUGGUUCCGUGCUCACCGGAUCACAGUUGAAGCCUCAUCCAAAUUACUGGAGAAUAGCAUGUGUGAAUGGUUAUCACACGGGGAGUGGUGCGAUGUGAAGCUCCUGUGCGGCGGGCGCGCAUUCAGCGCACAUCGCGCCGUGCUCGCCAGCGUUAGUACUUUUCUUAGACGUCUUCUCCUUUCUUGUCCCACAGAUGAGUCUCCGAUUUUUAUCGCUUUACCAGAUUUCGACCUCGACGCUAUGUCAUCAGUCCUAUAUUACAUUUAUAAUGGCGAAGUUGUUGUUCCAAAAGAAAAGAUUGAAAUGUUCUUAGACAUUAUAAAAGCAAUGCAAAUAUUUGUUGACAAUCAAUAUUUGCCGCAAUUACCGGACGAGUUUAAAAAAAUCGAUUUGAGUGGUCAUUUGGAGACGGAUUUAAAGAAAACCAGUGUGUUUACUUUGGGAUACGAAGGCUGUAGCGAUCAACACUAUAUUAAUAUAAAGAAAGGCAAAGAAAUCCAGGAUGUAUUACAGUAUUCAGCAAGCAAUGCAGAUUGUAAAGAUAAAUUGGUACGUAGUCAGAAUCCAAGUGGAGAGCGUAAGUCUUCUUUAGGAAAUCUGAAAUCGCCUUAUGGAGACCGACAAAGGAACUCUUUUCUACGUGAUUUAUUUAUCGAGACAUAUCCUCGAAACGGUAAUGUUAACGGUCUGACGGCAGGCGUGCUAGCAAUAUCAAAUGAAUGCUAUCGUGCUCCGGCAUCUGUGCUCUUGACGAAUGCAAAUGGCAAACAUCUCGGCGGCGACUCUUCUCUCUUAGAUCCAUUUAAAAAAGCGAACGAACACAUCAGUCAUUCGCCUACAGUAUUUCACCUUCGUAAGCAGCAACGAUGCACUCGAGAUGAAUCAGAUUACGGUGAAACUAAGAAAACAAUGUAUGAACAAUCUCCUCUAAAACUUUGUUCGUCUGAGAAAACUAACACACAUGUUUUUGGUCACGACUUAAAAUCUGGACCAAUGGACAUAUUAACAAAUCACGUUCCAGUGCCAACAAAUCCUUUUCUUCAGUUUGGGAUACAGGACAAAUUCCUAUCAGGGUUCUAUGUACCGUCAUUGGAUUUUAGAAUCCCACCGUCACUAUUCGAUCCCAUGAAGCCGGUACAUAGAAACAAAGGUUUCAUAGACAGUCCUGGUAAUGAAACUAAUAAAGAUAUAGACAUGAGUCCAUCCAAUAAAGUAACUAUUUUAAAUCAUGUGCUGGAGAGUCCAUGGAGCCCUCGGAUACCAACUAAUUACAAACCGUUCCGAAGAAAAAUCGAUACUUCCGUACAGUCACAAUGUUCAAAACAAAAGUUGAUAGACACUAGCAUUAUUAACGAUAGUAAUAACAAUGUUCCGAAUGCAAAUAUAUCAUCAGCAACAGAAGUAGUUGAAGAAGUUGCCGUUGUCAAUGGUAUGAACAAAGUGACAACUGUUUCAAAUCAACAGAGAGAUGACUUCAAGUGUACAGUUUGUAAUCAGGUGUUCACCAGUAGCGAGCACCUCGCAGUGCACAUGCGCCGGCACUCCACCAACGCCAGGUACUCCUGUGGCGAAUGCGGGAAGACAUUCUCGCAGCUUCGUAACUUCAAGUACCAUAUGUCUAUACAUAGAGGUACCAGGGAGUUUGCAGCUACCUGUACUGUUUGUGGCAAGUACUUCAACGAUAGAGGAUAUCUCAGUAGCCACAUGAAGAUCCAUCGGAACCGCAAAGAAUACAAGUGUACACUUUGCCCCAAGUCUUUCAACCAACGCGUUGCUUACAACAUGCACGUGAGAAUUCAUACGGGUGUAAAACCUCAUGUGUGCGAAGAGUGUGGCAAGGCAUUUUCUCGAAAGAUGUUGCUGAAACAGCACCAGCGCACGCACUCCGGCGAGCGGCCGUACGCCUGCCCUCACUGCGACAAGCGUUUCGCCGACCGCUCCAACAUGACGCUACACUUGAGAUUACACACAGGUGUAAAGCCGUUUUCCUGUACGCUGUGUCCAAAAUCAUUCACGAAGAAGCAUCACUUGAAGUCUCAUUUGAACUUCCACACUGGAUCGAAGCCGUACUCGUGUCCGCGUUGUAAACUCGCCUUUACUCAAUCUUCCAACAUGAGGACUCAUUUGAAGAAAUGUCGAGCACCUGAGCCUACGACCAGCAGUGACCAGCCAGCCGACCAGAAUUCAACUGUUACUGAUAUAACAAAACCAAUAUUGUAA